GACGAUGCAACUUGCAGUCGCUGCCUGACACCUCGCUUGCUAUCGUCCAUAGCGCUCGGAUCGGAUCGGCUAUUAUCGCGCCUCCACCGCCUCCGGACCGUCAGCAUGGGGGCCUGCAACUCGCGCGACGCCAACAAGCUCAACACUUGGAAGGUGGAGGAGGAGACGCCACCUGUCGCGGACGGCGCCGCUUCAACUCCAACUGGCGCGGAUGACCAGGCUGCUGCCGCGACCGAGCAAGAGAGCGAGCUGGCGCUGCACUGCGUCGCGUACAGCUCCUUCCUGGGGGACAACUGCCUCGCGGGCUGGGAGGACGGCUCCAUCCAGCGGCUCAACUGGCGCGACGCAGCAGCACCCGCCGAGGACGCCGUCAACGUCUGGAUGCCGCACUCGCGGUCCGUGAACCGGAUCGUCAUCGGGGACAAGCUGCAGAUGAUCUACUCAUGCUCGCGAGACACGACGGUGGCCAUCACACCCAUCGCCGACAAGCCCGCGUCUGAGACGGCCACGGUACUGCGAGGUCACCAGCUCAACGUGUCCACUGUGGCCGUGGACGACGCCGAGCAGAUGCUGUGCUCUGGGGGCCGAGACACCCAGACCAUCUUCUGGGACCUGACCACGAGCCACAUCGCGGCCAAGAACACGACGCCGCAGAACGUGGUGACGUGCUCGACGUGGCUCCCGCGCGAGCCUCUGGUCGCUCAAGGCAGCGAAGAUCUGAGUGUGAAGGUGUGGGACCCUCGAACGCCUCUGCGCGUGCCGGCCCAGACGCUGAGGGGUUUUGUGUAUUUCCCGUUGAGUAUUGCAGCGUACGGCAGCGGCAGCGAAGAGGACAGUACGUACUUGCUGACAUCUAGCAAGGGCUUCAACGGUGUUGGCUGUGAGGCCCGAGUAUGGGAUCGACGCACGGGCAAGCAGGUAAUGGAGUUCCAGGGCCACCAACAAGACGCAUCCGUGUGCUGUUUCCUGCCUAGCACUGCAGAUGAUGGUAUUGAGACGGAUCCUGCAGCUCUACCGAUGCUCCCAGUGACAGCGUCUAAGGACGGAACGGUGAAGGUCUGGGACACUGCAACGCUCUCUCCACUAGCCGAGGCGCAUGCUGACGGUGCGAAGCGGAUGUUCACGGGCUUGUGCAGAGUGCACAACAGCACGCUUCUAGCGUCAACUUUCGGUGGGCAGAUCCUCGCUUACUCGCUCAACCGCGAGCAGCGAUCGCUUGUGUUGCAGUCUCGAAGGCGGAUCUCCAGCUAA